ACUUCCGGUUCCGGUCCGCGGAAUUGGGCUGAGGUCGCUAUGGAGGAACCGGAGAUGCAGCUCAAGGGGAAGAAAGGAUUGCUGUGGAUUUCAAGGACCUGGUACUGGAAGAACGCCUGGGGCGUGGCAAUCAUGCGUAUUGUGGCCUUGUUUAUGUUUACCCUUUGGGUCACAGACAAGUUCACUGAGAGCGUCUAUGUCCUGGCCAACGAGCCUUCUGUGGCCCUGUACCGGCUGCAGGAGCAUGUGCGCCGCUCUCUGCCCGAGCUGGCCCAGCAUAAGGCCGAUAUGCAGCGGUGGGAGGAGCAGAGCCAAGGAGCCAUUUACACGGUGGAAUACGCCUGCAGCGCCGUGAAGAACCUCGUCGACAGCAGCGUCUACUUCCGCAGCGUGGAGGGUCUCCUCAAACAGGCCAUCAGCAUCCGGGACCACAUGCACGCUGCAGCCCAGGGCCACAGGUAGUUCCCGGGACCGCCCGCCCCUGCUGCCCGCAGCCUCCUCGCUGUAAGGACCUCCGCCGCCCAGCCAGGAACUGCUGCUUCUCUCUGUUACACAACUCCCUCUCCUCAUCCCGCGGCGGCCCCUGGCUUCCUUUCUUCCUUUGGCAUCUGUAGCGGGAGAGCUCAUUCCCUUGGCACCCGGGCCCUUAGCUGUUCCGUGUGCUUGGCUCUGGGCCGGGUGCUGAGUUCACAGUGGUGAUCGACACAGGUGUGCUCAUGGUGUCACAGGGGACACACAGUGACCAGGUAAACAUGGAGCAGAGAGCAUUUCAGAUAUGUGCAAAGCAAGAAGAGGGAUGGGGGGCCUCUCUGAGCAGGUGGUAGAGGUGUGAGCAGCGGCCUGGAUGACAGUCAGGCGGAGGAGACCCAGGGAGGGUGUUCUGGGUGGGCCAGUCGUGAGGGUGAGGGCCCUGGGGUUUUGGAGGCAGGUGUGAUUGGAGCAGGUAAGCGAGGGCUGUCAGCAAGGUGGGCAGGGGCCUGUCAGACAGCAGGGAGGGCACCCAGAGUUGCAGGAGGCUUUGAACCGAGCACCAGACAGCCUAAAAAUGGAAAGCGCUUACAGCCCUUGCACACUGGGGAGAGGUUUUUGGAGAAGUAGCUGUUUUUGUUUUUGUUUCUAUUGUAAGUUAAUAAACACACAUUUGAACACA